AUGUCGUCGCCCUCCUCCUCCAGGCGCCAGUGGUGCUACCUGUGCGACCUGCCCAAGAUGCCCUGGACCGUGGUGUGGGACUUCAGCGAGGUGGUCUGCCGCGGCUGCGUCAACUACGAGGGGGCGAAUCAGAUCGAGUUCUUGAUAGCGAGCGCCCGACAGCUGAAGCGCAGCCACGGCGUGCAGGACGGCAACGUCAGGUCGCCCGGUCCCUCCCCGAACAAGCACGGCGCGUCCGGGCGCGCGGACGCCGCGGCGGACGGAGGCCGGCCGCACGCCGACCGCUUCGAGCGCGCGGGACGGGGCGAAAGCGCCGGCUCGACCGCCCGCGUCCCGCCCAACGGGCUGCACCGCGACGGCCAGCCUCCGGCAGAGGCGAACCGCCAGAGCCCCAGCAGCAGCCGCAGACCGAUGAUCGGCGCCGCCAUCCCCCCGAACCUGGUGACGCAGAGCAUCGCGGGGAUCCCACACGGGCUGCUCGCCAGCAUGCCGGCGAGUCUGAACGCCAGGACGGCUGCCAUCAACAGCCCCAUGAUCUUCCCCGCCCCGGUGCUGGCGGAGAUGAGCCGCAGGCAGCUGGGCAUAGGGAUGGGCAUCGCACCGUUCAUAACCCCGGAGCUGGAGCGAGAGCUCAGUUCGUCCCAGAACCAGGCCAAGGCGCAGGUCCACUCCGCCGUGGCGGGCGGCGCCAGCAAGAGCACCGGCCUCCCGGCCGCGUCGUCCAUGGCCGGAGGCGUGAGCCAAACCAGCCCCAAGCCCGCCUCGUCUCCAGCCCGGCAGCCGCGCCCGCCGGCCGCCCGGUCCGGAGCCGAGCCGCUGGGGUCCAGCACCUCCGCAGAGGCGGCGACCGCAGCUGCAGCGCUGCCCCACAGCGGAGCGUCCGAGUUCGCGUCGGCGUCCGCCGGCAACUCCCAUCCGACGGGAAACACUCUGUCCUGCACCUUGUGCCACGAGAGGCUGGAGGACACACACUUUGUUCAGUGUCCAUCAGUGCCAGGACACAGGUUCUGCUUCCCCUGCACUAGAGUGUACAUCCAGAGCCGGCGGGGGGACGGGGAGGUGUAUUGCCCCAGUGGGGACCGCUGCCCUUUGGAUAACUCGCCCAACAGUCCGCCGUGGGCGUUCAUGCAGGGAGAGGUCUCCACCAUACUCGGCACUGCAGGCGGAGCUGGUGCUGCGUCCGCUGCCUCGUCGGGGCCUGGAGCUGCAGCGGCAUCAGGGGGUGGAAGUGGAGCUGCCAGUGGAUCCGCAGCUGGGAGCGGAGACGUCACCGUCAAGAAGGAGAAAGAAACGUGAUGGUGAUUUCCAUGGAUACCAGGACCCAACAUAGCAGCAGAGUCAUUUCGUACCAGAUGGAAAAACCUGCACUGGACCACUCAUAUCUCCAGCAGACGAGCAACACAGUGACUCAGUUCAGAAAACCUCCACUACCUGGGUCUAAACUCCAACAGCUCCAGGCACCAAGUUUUAUUCAACAGUAACAGACUCGGUUAGAAAAGCUGAAAUUACACAGAUUGUCUUUGCACAAUGUCAUUGAGCUGUUUAAUUUCCCAAAUGGUUAUUUUUGACAAUUUAACCCUAAAUCCUACAGUACUGAUGCAACACGAAUGUGAAAUCAGGUUUCAUCCUGUACAUUGCAAGCUCAUGCUCAACAUCUCUGAAACCAGCUCUAAACUGCGAAGCGAAGCAGAAAUCACGUUUAAAAAGCACUGCGACCUAAACCAGUGACCGGCAGAUUGUAUGUUACAGAUGUAACGGUCUGUUUGAUGUACAGAUAGUCAACAGCUGAACAGUGGCUGCUUUAAUCAAUCAGUAGUUGUGCCUGUUGAACCAAGUGAAGGCAGCUCACAAACACAGUAGUUGUUUUCUGACCACUGAAACGUCUUCUUUCAUUCACUUUUAUCAUGCAUUUGGCAUCAUUAUCUGCUGAUGACGGCUCGCGUAGCUAAAACCUGAACCCAAGCCAUCGUUGUUACAGAGUUGGCGUCUCAGAUUUACCCAGUGGUCAUUGUAACUGUACACUCAACGUUGUGUUUGCACAGUAAAGCACAAAAGCUUCCUUCAGCAGUUCCAACACGAGCAGAGAUGCUACAGCAGCAGACGUCUGAUCCUUAUUGAUGAACAAAGCAGUCACAGCAGGGGGUCGGGCUCAUCAGAGUUUGGUUUUUCUCUCUGACUAAAUGCCAUUUUUUUUCUGCCAGUUUUUGGUUCAAAUUACACAUUAGUGAUUCUACGAGUUUAAACUAACAACUGGUGUGAAACCUACUUCGUAUCGGACUGUAGUUCAUGUUGCUUUCAUACAAGAUCCAGCCCAGCCUACGCUUUACCCACGAAUGUAUAUCUAUUGAUAGGCCUAGAACUAUAUUUUAUACUAGAAUGUUAAAUGUUAUAUACUGUAUAGUUCUAUAAUAGUAUGUAUGUGCAAUCUUUGUUCAUAGUAUAUGCAACAGUUGGGUAUAUGUAAUCAAACGAUGGCCUAUCUUUUCUUAACCUUUUGUUUUUUAAAGCGAGAAUCCACCCGACCCGUGACCUGAUGUAAUUCUUUAGCACGUAAUUGUAUGGAAGUUUUUCACGAAGCGAAACACGGAAUUUAUAAAGGUAUCACAAUACGUGCUUUCAAAACCGCCAAUCUUAAGUCCAUCGCGUCGGACUGUCCAAAAUCUAUGAUGCAUCUAAUCCUGUUUGUCACGUUAUUCAUAUUAUUUACACUUUUUUUUUUUUUUUUUCAAAAUCGGGGAUUAAGUGCUUCAGAUUGAACAAUCAAACAUAAAUUAUUUUUUUCCUCUGGUGGGUUCUCUCUUUAUGCGCAGUAUGUGCUCAUCAGUACAGACGCGCAGACAAACCAAAGGUAACUUUAUGCCCAAACUGAUGUUUAUGGAUGUAAAUGUUUUAUGAAAAAAAUAUAUUGUUAUAUUUCAUAGCCAGGAUUUAACCUUUAUCAAGCGGUUUACAGGCCCAUGUGGUUUAUGCUACUCAUGGGAUUUUGCAUAUAAAGUCUCUAGUAUUCACAGAUGCAUAUUUAGGCCUGUAUUAAAAGACUGUCCCACGGAUCAGGUCUGGUAUAAAGAGAGGGGAGUUUAUGUUUAAUAUGCACUGAUACAUAAUGCAAUCCCUUGUUAAGUGCCUUUUUAAAAUGUGUACCUUCUGUUUGUGUGUCUGAGAACCUCAGGGGAAGUAGGAGUGCAAUGUUUUUAUUGUCUAGUCAGUGAUUAACCUGAAUCCGUUUCCCUUCAGUCGCCAUCAGACGGCUUCGUGCUUUUAUCUGAAGCCUUUGUAAAGUCGGCCGUUCGUGGUUGGGACAAACCCCGUCGCUUCAUGUCAAGUUUAUUUGUUCACGUGUCGUUUCUAGAUGUGUUGAUUGCAGCUUCAUGUACAAAAUAGACAGCAGAAAUAAACAGGAUGGAAACGUAA